AUGCCUGAUAGCUGUUGCGUACCUAAUUGUACAAAUCGUCGGAAGACGGGUGAAGAAGGUGGAUUUUACAAAAUUCCUAACAAGAAGCAUCCUGUGUUGAGGGAGAGAUGGCUGACUGCAAUUGGCAGAAUUGAAUGGUCAGAAGAGUUAAUAAAGAAUGCCAAAGUGUGUCAUUUACAUUUUGUGUCUGGAAAAAAGUCCAAAGAUUCUUCUCAUCCAGACUGGGUACCCUCAGUAUUUGAACGUUGUGGAAAAUGAGUGAGUGAGAAAAGAAAGCUGGAAAAGCAACAUAGACAUUCUCGACUCACAAAACGAAGGAAAUUAACAUCUGAACUAGUAGCUGAAAGUGAAUCUGACAAUGAUUUUAAACUCCCAGAAGAUCAAGGUCCUUCCAUGUCAGAAUUAUGUCAGAAAGUACAAGAACUUGAGGAGAAAGUUAAAUUCUUAGAAAAGGAUUUAAAAAAUGAGGUGGAUGAAAAACAGAACAUUUCAAACAAAUACACUGGAUUGAAUAGCGAAUAUGCAAAUAGAUUAAAUGAAAUUCAUGGACUUAGAAACAAAAACAAAACACUUUCA